AUGAGUAAACAGCAGCGUCGAAAAGGAAAUGCUCAGGCAGCAAGCAGUGCCCAUGCUGCAGAAUUACUGACCAAUUCCGGACACCCACUACAGAUUAUAACAUUUGGUGAUUGUGAACCGUUUACAACAACCUCACUAGAGAAUCGCGAUGCAGAUGAAGACCUCUUUGAUGCUGAAAUCCAGAUUGCUUUAAGAAAAACCAUGAAAAGAGAUUUGCAUACUCGUGAAAAGGGACUGAAAGAUUUGAGACGACUGAUCGAUGAAUUAGCAUUCGAUGAUGUUCGAAAAAGUUUCAAACAUUUUGCUGCCUUGUUUCCCAGGCUAGCUCUUGAUACAACUGCAGUAGUAAGAUCUAAUGUGGUCCGUGUCUUGGGAGACUAUAUCAAGAAGUUGCAAAAAAACUGUGAACCAUAUCUAAAAAAGGUUUUGCCUUAUGUGAUAUUGAUGACACACGAUAGUUAUUCUCAAGUGGUCAACGAAUCAAAAAGCAUGCUAGCGGAAUGUUUUCCGGAUGAAAAAUAUGAUAUUGUCAUAGGAAUGUUUAAGGAAUCAAUAUGUGGAAUAGCUCUUAGAUUUAUCAGUGGCAAACAUUCAUUGUUGGUUAGAUGUGAGGGAGAGGAAACUGAAGAACAGCGAUUCGUGAGACUUGCUGCACAAAGCUUGCAGUACCUUCAUUGGGUUUGUGCGCAGUCUCUUAGCGAGGAACAGCGUAAUCGAAUACUUGGAUUUUUCAGUAAUCCAGCACACAGACGAUUAGUAUCAUCAUCUGCUGAAGUUGUGAGUGCUACAAUGAUCUUAGCAAUUCGCAUAACGACAUUACCUAACGGAUGGGAGACAGUAUUAAAGAGUAUUAUACCGACUGCGGCCCUAGGCCAUCUGGACAAUGUUGACAGGAAUGUCAGUCGCGCAUCUGCUCGUCUCAUUCUUGAAAUGACCAAGGCGAACGUGCUAUUUAAUGUACUGGAUAUUGAUAACGUAGUGGUACGUCGCGUCAUAUCAUUGAUAAGACGGAAGAGAAACUUCUGGAACCAUAUCUCAACGAUUUUGGUACCUGUAAUAAAAGCCGUGCUUGAUGAGAAAACAGCGGUUGAAGGUCGAGAGCUGCUGGAAAGAAUACUAGAUGCUUUUUUCGACGGAAUGCCUUGGAAUCUGUCGUUUCCUAGUGUUGCUUGGGUAAAUACUUUUGCAGAAUUUACGGAAUUUGGAAUUUGGUGGACUAUGAGUCGGUGUGCUAAUGACUUGGAUGUUAUUAUGGAUGAAUUUUUAACAAAGAUAUGGAUUGCGAUGAAAUGCAGUCUAAAGUGGAAUGACAAGUUAUUGGUCAGAAAAAUGGUGCAUUUGCCGGAACGCAUUGUCAGUAAAUGGUUCCAAAACAUGCAGAUUGGAUAUCGACUACGUCACCAAAUUCAGGAUCAUCUUUUGAAUGAGCUUCCAUCUACAGAACCGUUAGUCGAAGAGCUAUUUUGUGACAGAAUGGAGCCAGUUUGGUCAAACUUCGUAGUGCAGUUACUCAAACAUGCGCAUGCUAGUCAGAAAUUAGUUUAUAAUGUGAUGGAAAAAUGUAAUGAUGAUAUGCUAAACGAAAUCAGUUCUCGAAUUGACCUCUGUCAUGCUAUUUCGAGCAAAAUUGACUGGGAAAAUGCUGAAGAUACGGCACUGCUUAUGCUGAAAUUACUGAUAAAAUUCACCACAAGAUUUGGCAAACACAUCAUCGAGUUUUAUAAGGCCAAUGACGAACUAACAUCUAUGCGAUUUUUGCUUGCUUUUGGGUUGUUGGGUAAGGAGAGGUGUUCUGCAGCACAUUUUAUCGAUGAUGACCUAUUGCUUAUUAGAGCUAUGCGAUUUUGUGUUCAUCAAGCAGAUCUGAAACGCUGGGAAGUUCUUAUGGAUAUCGCUACAUCAUUCCCCUAUUUUGAAACCGCUUUGCAGCAAAUAUUGGUAGAGAAUCGUUAUCAGAUAGACCAGCAGCUGCUUAUAACAGUGUUAAAUAAGCAAGGACAAGAGAUUUCUGAAAAUUUGCGGAGCAAACUUGUUGAUCUUAUUAUUGGACAAUUUUUCGAAUCAGAAGAACCAUCUUCAAAGAUUAUAAACGAAGCAAUUGAAGUGAUGGUUUCAUCUAGUGUGGAUAUGAAAUCAGUAGCACAAACCAUUAGCAAUAAAAUUAAAUCAACCAAUCUGUUUCAAUUUGAUUACUCAGAUAUUGAAAUUGCAACAACAAUUGCUGCUUCAUUGCCAUCAUCAUGUGCAACUUAUUUUAUUAUUAACACUUCCGAUUUGGCUGAUAAGUUAUCUUCCCUCGACAAAAAGUAUGGCUUGGAAAUAAUGGAUGCCCAGGAAUGUCUUGCUUCGCCAAUAGUUAAAUCGUUGUUCAUUGAGAAUGUGGGCGAUGAUUCUACAUUAUUAUCUCAUCUUGGCUAUGCUAUAUUUAUAAUAAGCUAUCUCGACAUGGCAGUUGAGGAACACAUGAGAUACUAUACAACGAGUUUCCUUUAUGCGGUUGCUAUAUCUUCAUUAGCGUCCAUAAAUACAGUAUGCAGCGAGAAGCUCAUUGACGCAAGGACAAGCUUAAAUAAUCUGGUCAACAACUCGAUUUUGGCAAAUGAACAAAUUAAGGAAAACCUUCUUUCUGAAUGUAUCUCACUAAUUGUCAAUGGAAAUGAAUCGUUAUGCUUGUUCAUUGCACUGCGAUCACUAGCAAAUGACUUAUGCAUGGAAAAAGUUGAGGCAUUGUUCAAAGCUUCCAUAAAGAACUUGAAUCCCAUUACGGUCGCAUUUUGUUCCGCAGCUCUUCGCUUGCAAGAUGCACCAGAAGUAUGUGGUGAUUAUUGUAACCCCUCUAUUACUAUGAAAUACUGGACAAGCCGUUUUGAAAUUACAUCAUCUUUGAAAAAGUCGGUGAAUCCACUCAAGCGUUUUAGCCAAUUCAUGGUAGAAGGACGUUCCGCACUUGAAGAAUAUGUAUUCACUUAUGGCUACGGAACGGAGGAAGACGAAGAACGAAAUGUAUUCAAUUGCUCCCUUCUUCGUUUUCUGACUUGCUGUUGUUCAUAUGUGCGACAAAUGGAUAACUCUAUGCGAGAUUUCUUAUGUUGUGCAUUAAUUACAUCGCUCGAAAGUGCUAAUGCACUUUGGGAGCAGUGUGAAUCACGAUCUUAUAUGUUGUUCAGCAGCAUGUCUGUAAAGUUAUUCAAUGAAUGUGUUCAAAUGAUUGAUAACACUAAGGAUGAUGUCGAGUUAGCACUUUUCAGACAGGACUGGUCAGACUUCUUCUGUCCUACUGCGCAGAAUAUAUUGCUCAUUUGGUUUUUCGGGCUGACUUCAUAUCAGGAAAAUUCUCAUUCGAUAGCCCUUCAGAACGCUCUUUGCCUAUCAAUAAAUUAUAUAACCGAAGAAUUUAUUCGAACUGCCUCAUUACCGCCUGUUUUCGAUGUCGAAUUAGAUCUUCUCAACUAUGAUGAACAUUUACAAUCAAUUGUAAUACCUUUGCACACGCUGAUCAAUUCGCCUUCUCCAGAUGUUCAAAUUGCUGCACUGAAAAUAUUGAAGCUAAUAACAAAAGACAUGCUGAUGAUGCAAAAUAAGCGGAACGAAGAAAAUGAUGCAGGAGACGAGAAACUUCCUUCCAGUCAUCAAAAACAUUUACCAAUACCCUUUACGAGAAUUUUGGAUGAUACUAUGAUAAGCAGUUGCUUUUUACCACCGAAGUUACUUGUCUGGGAUGCUUUUAUCAGUUCGUUGAGCCAAUUUGAACUACUCGAAAGGGUGGCGUAUUGUAGUGCGAUGGAUGCAACUGUCUUUGUGGAAAUUACGGAUAUUAACAAACAAGAUUACUGGAAUGAAAUAAGAUCACUGUUGCCACGAUAUGCUUUUCGGUUAUUCUAUAGCACUUGUGGGAUAUUGCCGGCAAUAGUACGUCAGUGGUAUAUAAAGCUACCUCGUGCUGCUGCUACUAUUUGCAAAUCGUUUGUCACUAAAUCAAUCAGUCCACUGAUCUGGAAAGCAGAGUGUGGUCAGUUUGCAUCUCGUGCAAUGCCGAAUAAAUUAAAGGUUCGGUUAUUGCGAGCAGCUCGACAGAUUGUGGCAGAAUACGAUCUAAAUGAUUCGACUAUGACCCUCACGAUAGAAUAUCCCGUAGAUUAUCCACUCAGUGUUCCCUUGAUCGAAGAUGAAAGAGCCAUUGUCAGUCGGGAAACAAGAAGGAAAUGGCUUUUGCAGCUUACAAUGUUCCUUAUUCAUCAAAAUGGUUCCAUUGUGGAUGCAGUGCUAAUGUGGGCGGGUAACAUCGAGAAACAUAUGGAAGGUGCAGAAGAUUGUACCAUUUGUAUGAUGAUUGUUCAUUCUAGAACUUAUCAGUUACCACGGGUACGAUGCAAACAAUGUAAAAAGCGAUUCCACUCUGAUUGCCUUUACAAAUGGUUCGAUUCAAGCAAUCAAUCAACAUGUCCCUUAUGUAGAGCUUCAUUCCGUUAG